UAAGCAACACAGUGAGAGACUGAUAGAGGUGCCGGGACUGCAGCCUUGCCUGAAUGUGGGUCAGUCACAACCAGCAGUCACGGAGUUGUCAUUUGAUCUUGCCUGUGUGACAAUAGUCAAGACAUUUACUUGAACAAUGACAUGGAGAAUUAUUUUGUUAUCGUUGACCUCCGUACUCGGCCUUGUCGCAUCUCAGCCACGUUACUUCUUCAACAGAGGGAUGAUGAAGAUGGCUGAGCAGCACGUGGUGGAGCUGCUGGUCGUGGUGGACUACUCGGCCUACUUGAAGUGGUACCAUAAAAUGAGCGGGGACACGGCGUUCCUGAAAAAGAAGAACGCAUUAAGUGCAAUAUGGAAACAUUAUUCAUCUGUUAUACAUGGGAUAGAUACAAUAUACAAGGGACUUGGGGAAAAUGGACUGCAGAUAUCCGUGCAACCAGUUGACAUCCAAGUUGUAUCGACGGAUGGUAUUGUGACGAGUACAAAUAAAUUCAUAGCAUCGGAGACAGCUCUUCGGGCAUUCUACAACUGGACACAGUCUGGCAACAAGUUGCCGUCAUUUGACCACGCGAUGCUCAUCACAGGUUAUGACCUCAUGGAGAACGGCGAUAAAUCUAAGUCAGGUCGAGCCUAUCUGGGGACGAUGUGCACGACCAGGAGCGUCUCAGUGGUGGAAAACGACUUCAGCUUUGAGAUUGUACAGAUAACGGCACAUGAACUCGGACACAGUCUCGGCGCCAAACACGACGGAGAAGAGAACGCCUGCAGUGCUAGUGACGGCUUCCUGAUGGCGUCUGUGAUAGAGAUCAACUCCACACACAGAUGGUACCUGUCUCCAUGUAGUUUGGACUAUAUAGGAACGCUGUUGUCUCAGCUCAGAAGAGAUAGGAAUCUGUGCCUCCUCCAGAACAAGCACGAGGUGGAGAAGAACGAGGGUCCCACCACCAGCAUCCACAUGGGUGAGCUGUACACCCCGGACCAGCAGUGCCAGCUCAUUGAGGGCAAGGGAUCCUACUUCUGCAGGGAUUUCUACUCCAAGCCUGAAGACUAUAGCCACAUAUGUACCAACAUAUGGUGUCACGUGAGCAACUCAGUGCACAACAUAUGCAACAACUAUGAGGGGUCUGACGGAUACGCCUGUGGUGAUAAGAAGGUAUGUGACAAGGGGAAAUGUGUCCUCAGCAUCAAGGGUGUGGAUUCCCUGGACUACUGCCCUCAGGGUGACCAGCCCGGCAUUGUCUGGAAAAACUACACGUGUGGACAGUUGGUGUUUUUUGAACCAGAAAUGUGUUAUGAUGAUAACACGAGAUCUCGGUGCUGCCUCUCCUGCACAGAAAUAAACAAAGGCAUACCAGGGUGCGAGUUCGGCGACAAGAGCUCGUGGUGUCGUACUGACCUCAAUACCCCCAUGGGCUGCUACAAGAACGAGAACCUCUGCUGCGGCACCUGCAAGAUUUACAAGGACCACACACGACCAAGCUGCCCAUAUGGCGACAGGAGUCUUUGGUGUCAGAAUACGCUGAAGCCUCCUUUUGAAUGCUACCAGAACGAGGACCUAUGUUGUGGCACAUGCGCCGAACACUUCAACGGUACACGAGUAGGAUGCGAGUACGGAGACCGCAGUACGUGGUGUGUGACGUCACUUCAGCCUCCGUACGACUGCUACAAGAACAGUGACCUGUGUUGUGACACUUGUCCCAAAUACUACAACCCUGCUAACAUAGGCUGUGAGUUCGGCGACAGAAGCAAGUGGUGUGAGACUGACCUGGCCACGCCCUUCGGCUGCUACCUCAACAGCGACUUCUGCUGCAAAACCUGCCACAGCUUCUUGAACCAGACACGGAUAGGUUGUGAAUAUGGUGACAAGCACAAAGACUGUCUAUCAUUGGCUUAUCCCGUCGGUUGCUACAACAACGAUAACAUUUGCUGCGGGACUUGCGGAGACAUGAAGGACAGCAGUCAGCCUGGGUGUGAGUAUGGAGACAAGAGCACCUGGUGUACUACGGAUCUCGACCCCCAGGCAGACUGUCCACUCAAUCUAGAUCUGUGCUGUGGAACAUGCGGUUUGGGGGGAUCAGGCUCCGAGUUGUCAAUAACUAGACAAUUUCUACGUGAUAUUGGAUCAGGCUCGGAUCAACCGAUGCAGGGUCAAGGGAGGCAAUCCUUGAAGGCAUCUAAAAGAAGGUCGCCGACGCAUCUUAAAUAGACAAACUUUAAUGUAUCUACCUGCCAAAUUGCGUACCACCCCACAACAAGAGUUACCUGUUCUGUAACAAUAUCUUUGUUUGUCUUUUGCUUGUGUGUUGACGCUGAUCGAACUCUUUUAUUUAGACAUGAACCAGGAUCACAGUGUAAAUCUGCUGAUAUUUUAAACAAUUAAAACAACAACUAUUAUCCAGAUCAUGCUCAGUCUUCAUCAAAUUACAUGUAUGUAACUUCCUGACUGAAAUGGUCAUUGUGCAUGACUGGUCGUGUUAGUCAGCAUAUUUAAAUAUAUUUACAAUUACGACGCAUUCUGAGUUUAAACCUUUGGUUGUAAAGAACAGUUUUGUUUUCUUAUCUAAUCCCCUAGUGAUAGAUCUUAUGAUUUCUAUUCUCUCCUGACAAAUGCAAAAACAAACAUACCUAUAUGUGAUGGCCAGAUGUGUAAGUCGGUUAUGUUGUAUACAUUGCAGUGUGAGGGAGAAGUCCCCAUGCAUCGCCAGUGUCUAUAUAUGAUGCAUGGAUGUCUUCCGGACUCCUGGAGGGUAGCGGAGAGGCACCCACCGUUGUUUUCAGAUAGCUAGUAUAUGCUAUGAGUUGGGCCAUUCAGGCCUACCAGGUGGUCAGGCUGGCAGCUUUACAUGAUAUACACGGCGUUUCCGGUCUCCCUCGGUGUUUGAUUGGAUGCAUUCACAAACUGAGAUUGUUUAUCAUGAGAAAAGUGCCCCGUCCUAAGAUGCAUCAUUCGUAUUUCUUUGUUGUUUGAUAAGGAGACUGGAUGUACAAGACCGUAUUCCCUUCCCGGCAUGCCUGUCAGGCUUCGGAGUCUUUUAAUUUAUGAAGAUAGUAGAUGAUAUAUAUUUCUUACAUUAAUAUCUGACCUUUUUUCGUCGUAAAAAUGCUCUUACGAUUCAGAUAUUGUUCAAAUAUGAAUAAUUUCCUCAUGCACCACGACUACAUGUUAUCUUAUGACAUGGACGUUUGUUUACCUUUGGCUGCAUCCUCAAAUGACAAGGAACACUUUUGUUCUAACGCAUGCAGAAUGUAAUUACAACUACUAUUCAAGCACAAUGUAAAACAACUUAUCCAACAUUAGGUUUGUAGGUAUUUGUUUCUCAGAUGUCACUAGUCCUGUCUCGCUGUUACGAGUACUUGUAACCACGCGAGAAGCGCGAGAGGUCACUAGAGGUCAUUGUGCGCUUGGUCUUCCGAGAGAGCCUAGGUAUUUGUUUCUGUCAGUUUCUAGUCAUUAGGUAGACUGGACCUUUAGAGAUUGGCAACAGUACCCUUCGUCCAGAAUCUUUGGUUUUGAAAUUUCACUUUUUAAAAUUUUAUAUGAUGGUUUAUCGUCGCGAAAUUAUGGGCUACUCUAUGACGGCGGUUGAAAUCACUGUAUGUUCUAACAGACAUUCAUAAACAUGAAUGCUUGAGCUAAAUACUAUUAAUGGCUGACAUAUUAUUCGGACAACUAAAAUAUGCCAGAAAAAUUACAAAAUAUAUUUUUCUGUCUUUGGCCUAAUUCUCUGACAAUGUUUGUCGCAUCCAAUGUUAUGUAUUUUAAGGAAUGUGAGCCAUGUAAACACAUACAGUUAGAUCAUAUUGUGUUCCUUGAUUUAUAAAGUGACUAUGCCAAAUAUGAAAGCUGUGUGUGUAAACUUUGACUGUUCCUUGAUUUAUAAAGUGACUAUGCCAAAUAUGAAAGCUGUGUGUGUAAACUUUGACUAUCUCUGCAUGUUGAAAUACGCAAAAACGAUCAAUAAACGAGUUUGAUCUCUU